AGCCGCUGGAUGAGACGGAGCGAUCUUCAGACUUGCCUUUACAUUUCUUGACUUUUAUUGAACAGUUCAUUUCGUUAAUUCAUUCGUUGAACAAUACAUUUUCAUCUGAAUUACUGUGUGUGUCCUGUAUUUUGUCUUGUUUUAACAUUUCUUGCGAGUUGGUUAUUUUUACAGGUCAGAUGACAUCGUUCGUCGGAGGAAGCUGUCGUGCGGCUGGCGUACCGAGGGACCAGAUCGCCUCGUUGUUCGUGGGGGACCUUCAUCCAGAAGUGUCCGAGUUCGUCCUCCAUCAGACGUUCAGCCCGUUCGGUCCGAUCCAGUCCGUGCGGGUCUGCAGAGACAGGUUGACUCGGCGAUCCCUGCGGUAUGGUUAUGUUAACUUUGUUAACCUCGCCAAUGCCGAGAGUGCCAUGGACAACCUGAUGUGCCAGGAUCUUCUGGGCAGACCCAUGCGGAUCAUGUUCUCCCAGCGUGAUUCCACGCUGCGGACGACUGGGGUCGGGAACAUCUUCGUCAAGGGUCUGGCCAGCAGCAUCGAUGGUGCCCGCCUUCAUGACAGCUUCUCGAUUUUUGGGAAGAUCCUGUCCUGCAAGGUGGUCUGCGAUGCGAACGGAUCCAAAGGUUACGGAUUCGUCCACUUUGCCACCUUCGAAGCGGCAGAGAAGGCCAUCAAAGCGCUUGAUGGCAUGUUGUUGGACGACCAGCUAGUGUCCAUUGGCCACUUUAAGACCUUUGAAGAGCGUCGCGUUGAGCCGCAGGUCGUGGCUCAGGACAACGAGCGGCGCUACCCGGUACCCAAACCCUUUGAUCACUUAACAAAUCUUCACUUCAGUGAGCAGCAGCUGCACAGAGCGUUCUCACCCUUUGGAAGCAUCAUGAGUGCCAAGGUCGAAAAACGCCCUGACGCUCAACCUGAAAACCAGCCGGCGCUUCAGGACGUCAGUCGACAGACAGCAGCGUGCGCCCUCGCUCAGAGUGAGAGUCUCCGCCCACCCAUGCCUGUCGACCUGUGGGAUGACGUUAAUACUCGGCCCCCGCGCCUGCUGGUCUCUCAGGUGCUCAUGGAAUACUGGUGUCUCAGAUUCCCAAAACUCUGCCUGACGGUGCAAGAGCUCCUGUCCAAACGCAAGCUCAACAGGUAG